AUGGUCGAGCGUCCAUUGUUUAAUGACACUCUUAUUUUGUUUUUUCCAACUAGUGAUACUUUAUGGGAUCUUGCUAUAGCUGAAGUAGAGAAGAGAGAAAACGCUGACGACGAUGGCAAGCACGUGGAAGUUUGGGAAAAAUCACUAUUAUUUAUGGGAAACAAAAAUGGGGGAAAGACCACUAUUAUACUGAGGUGUCUCGAGAGGGAAGAGAUUCCAAAGCCAACAUUAGCCUUGGAAUAUACUUUUGGAAGAAGGGCAAGGAGACACAAUACACCUAAAGAUAUAGCUCAUUUUUGGGAACUAGGUGGUGGAACCUCAUUAUUGGAACUGAUUCGAAUACCAAUCACUAGCAACAACGUAAGGUCAUUUGCUGUAGUUCUUGUAUUGGAUCUGUCCAAACCUAACGAACUCUGGACUACUGCAGAGAAACUUCUGCAGGUCACCAGGAACCACGUGAACAAAAUUUUAACCAAACUGGAAAAGACAAAUCCUGAAGUAGCUACUGAAAUUAAACAGAGGAUGCGGAACAAUCUGCAGAGGGAUCAUCCAGAUUAUGACUUAGUUGACCCUUUUCCAAUACCCUUGGUGAUAAUUGGAAGCAAAUAUGAUAUUUUUCAUGAGUUUGACUCUGAAAUGAGGAAAAUCGUAAGCAAGACACUUCGAUUUAUUUCACAUUAUUAUGGAGCAUCAUUAGUGUUUACCAGUAAAUCUGAGGCUCUCCUGCUGAAAGCCCGUGUUCUUAUUAAUCACUUGGCAUUUGGCUAUGAUAAAAGCAAGUCUUUAUCAGUGGAUCCCGGCAAACCUCUGUUUAUACCAGCAGGCCUGGAUUCGCUGAGCCAAAUAGGACCACCACCCGCUUCUGAUAGUGAUAUUGGAAAGAUGCGUGCAAACACACCGUUGGAACUGUGGAAAAAAGUAUUUGAGAAAACAUUUCCUCCCAAGAGUUUCUGCAAUUUACAAGAUACCAAGGACCCUGCACAGGAUUUACAAUAUGCUGAGUACGAAGUGGAUGUUAUGAGAGCUCAGAAAAACCAGGAACUUGAACAAUACAAAAGAAAUGCCGCUAAAUCCUGGAAAGAAAUGGAUUUUGACCCUGAUUGAUGAACAGCUAUAGGUGUCUUCAUUUGAACAUUAUACAAAUUACUUUAAGCAUUUUAACAUUACACUAGCAAUUUAAUCUGAUGCAGUUGAAAAUAUACAAUAUCAAACUACAAAAUUAAUAUUUAUUAAGCAUUCCGGUUACUAUUUUUAAUAAAAAUAGCCAUUUAUUUGUUCAGUCCAAAUUUAAGUAUAUCUUGGUACUGACACAGAGUUUUAAAAAGUGGGGAGAAAGGAAUUCUAGACUGUUCAGAGAUGGGUUUGAAUAUGAAGACUGGCAUUCAUCAGUUCUACCUACUCUAUAGUUUAUAACACAAUAUUUGAUUUAUUUUUUAAUGCUUCUGCCCUAAACACGUAUUUAAAUAUAAACAAGUUUUCACACCCAAAAUACGAAACUGCAUAGUAAAGUAUGCUAGGCGUUCUUUUCCUAGUUCCUUGCAUAUAUAAUUCAAAAGCAAAGCUUAAGAAUAUAUUUGCAUCAUUGUUUGAUGUAUUUGAAUAGGAUAGUUCCAUAAAAACUGGCAGAAUAAAGUGGAAUUAAAACCAGGUUUGACCUGAUCUAAAAUUCAGAAGUUUGCUUUAUCACGGUUUCAGUAUCAUACAGUUUAACACAGGAAUUAUUUCUUGCAAUGUAUAAUGUUGCAAUAACUUUGCACAGAAUUCAGAAGACAUUUCUGUCAAAUAUUCAAAUGCUAUGAAGUCAGUCUAAUCAAUUUGACAGAUACUUGGUUAGUGGUGGAAGUGUAAGUGAUGCGCAUGCAGCCUCAUGGUGAAACACACUAGCCUAAACUACACACGGCUUUUUGUCCAUGGACAUCCUCGCUGUUAUGAGAUGGCCUGAGUGUUUUGAGAAUACGCAAGACAAGAUCUAGAGUAAAGCCAGAGGUGUCUCUUGAGAGGUAAGACUUCUUGUUAGAGAAUAUAUGUCUGAACGGUCACUUGGCAGACCAGAUUGUAAGAAUGUUCCCUGAUGAACAACCCUACAUGCGCAUAAAAACGGGAAAGACAAGCUAAUGUAGUAUCUUUCCAGCUCUUUAAAGUUACUUGUUAUUUUUAACAUAUUUGUUCAUCAAAUGGUUUUCUGAUAUAACAUUUGUAACUUAGAAUAUUAUACAUAAAGCUACUAGAAAAAAUCUUGGCCUCACACUUAAGUGGAGAACUUGCAUUUACUCGAGGAUUUCAAAUUCUUCGUUACAAAGUGCAUAAUCUCAAAUAUAUCAAAUUAAACUAAUUAUAUUAUUAUGGAAUUUUAAGAUACAAAUACACUUACCUCCUCGAAGAAACCUCUAGCUAUCCCUCUGUAAUAAAUAAUUUCUUCACUGAACAUGCGAAGUAAGUUAUAAAAUCUGGGAAUUCAGUGUCUGUUAGGCUUUCAAUUUUGAGAGGUACUUAUAUUGAUUAAAUGGAUAAAUUAGACUUUGGCAUGUUAGUGAGCCCGUGAGAAUAAUUUCCAAAGAUGCAAACUACAUCGCUUCCAAGAACUGGCAAACAACUUUUAUAUUUUUCUUCCCUAGCUAAAUAGACAUUUUAUUAACAAACAAAAAUUUGUUCUAGUAAUUCACAAACUGCUUCCAAAACAAGAUUUAGAAUUUUAUAAUGAAAAGAAGGAACAGAUGUAAAUAACAUAAUUGUCUUCUCUGAUUUACCAUCGUUUACAAGACAAAAACAUGUUGGGUAACUUUUAUAUUGCUUAAAGAUUCUGUACUCAUUGACUGUAAAGUAUGCAUAAGAUUAAA